AUGCACUUGCCGUACGAGUCUCGAGGCCGUCGGCGGCGAGAAAUGGCCGAAAUAGAACCCUGGUGGCUGCAGUCCAUUAUAGACGAGACUUUAGGAGAACAUCCCGACCUUGUGCGAACUGGCAGCCCUGAUUACAUGUGUUCAAUGCUGCCACAACACUGGCGCUCGAACAAAACUUUACCUGGUGGUUUCAAGGUGGUAGCAUUGGGGGACGUGGUAGAUGGGACUCAAGUCACCGUCAGGGCUGGCAAUGAUGAGAACUGUUCUGCGGAAUUGAGGAAUAAUACUGCUGUUAUGAAGAAUAGGAUCGCUAAGUUCAACGACCUCAGAUUCGUCGGUAGAAGUGGACGGGGUAAGAGCUUUUCAUUGACAAUAACGGUGUCGACCUCACCACCACAGGUCGCGACCUACCUGAAGGCUAUCAAAGUCACUGUGGACGGACCGAGGGAACCAAGAUCGAAAACUAGUACAAACACUUCACCUCAUCCGAUAAGAUCGUUGUCCUUCCAGCGUUCUUUCAUUCCAAGCUCCAGCAUGGCCAUGAGGGACAUGGAAUUCAAGUCUUCAACCAGAAGUCUACGGUCAUUAUCACACGAAGAAAGAGAAUAUAAGACUAACGCCAAUCUACCCACAGAAGAAAACACUGGCAGUAUCCUAGGAGCUAGCGAGUGGAACACCGGAUAUCCGUCAACAGCCACCGUAUAUCCCAGCUACCCUCCCCUCCAGCCGCCUUACUACAAACCCGACCCUACCUUACACAUACCCGGCGUUCUCCCCGAAAUCCCUAUCGGGACAGCCGACUACGGUUGCUAUCAGACCAGUUCUAGCGGCUACGAUAAAGGAAGUCCUAGCGGAACGAACAGCAGCCUCACAGAUCUCAAUUCACCAUCAAUGUCCACCCAAAGAUACGAACCAAACUAUUACAACUCAUGGCCGAGCAACAGCUACAAUUACCAAUACAACAACAUCAACAAUAAUCCCGCCUGCCUACAAUCACACACACCAUAUAUUAACCCAAACCCGCAAAUGAUCCUACCAAAUCUUUACUCAACGGUCAACCAGAACCAAAUACACGUGCACCUACACAGCUCAUCCGACAAAUACAAUCUCGAACAAUACAAAAUAAGCGACAUCAAUGGCGGGAUUUCUAUAACAACCGAAUUACAAGGCGCGGGGGAAGCGAGCGGUCUAGUGCAAACAUGCGAAAUAACCGAUGACGUGAAACACGGGCUGUAUAGCGCGAGCCAAGAAGUUUGGCGGCCAUAUUGA